CUGAGAAGGUGCAUUGCUCCACAGGUACCUUUGGGAGGACUAUUUGAAGUCAAUCAGUUGGGGAGCUGCCUUGGAAGUGCUCAGAUUGAGCUGUAAUCCACAGAGAGACAAUGUACGGGCUGCUGUGUGAGAGUCUGCAUGACUUCAUUAAGGAGUCAUAUGGGGAUGACGUGUGGAAGCUGGUCAGAGAAAGGGCAGAUGUCAGGUUGCACUCCUUUGUCACCCACCAGGUGUAUAGUGAGAGUGUGAUACCUCGCAUUGCAAAGGCAGCCAGUGGAGUGACAGGUACACCCUACAAUGAGCUGAUGAACUCCUGGGGUGUCUACUUCCUGGGAUUUGUAGGGAAGUACGGCUAUGACAGGAUCCUGAAGGUGCUGGGCCGUCACGUACGUGACUUUGUCAACGGUCUUGAUAAUCUGCACGAAUACCUGCGCUUCAGCUACCCCAAGGUGCAGCCUCCAACCUUCUUCUGCCAGGAAGAGUCUGCAACGGGAGUCACCCUGCACUACAGGAGUAAACGCAAAGGCUACCUGCACUACGCCAUGGGCCAGCUGAGGCAGAUGGGGAAACAGUUCUACGAUACUGACAUCCAUGUGGAGGUGCUGUCUGAGCAGCUGGUGGGAGACUACUCCCACGUCACCAUGAGACUGAACUUUGACAACUCAGCCUACCGCUACAUCAUGAAGGAGGACGAGGAGGAGCAAGAGAUCCUGCCCAUAACCUCAGACUUCUUCUUUGAGGUCUUCCCCUUCAACAUUGUCUUCAGACAGGACAUGGUGGUGCACAAUGUUGGCUCUGGUCUGGCAACAGUCUUUCCUGAUCUGGAUGGCAAGAAGAUCAAUGACGCCUUCCUGCUAGCUCGCCCCCUGGUGGAGUUCACAUGGAACAUGAUCAUUUCCCACCCCAAUAACCUGUUUGAGAUCAUGUCCAAGGAGCCUGUAAAGAGAGAGAGGAACCUUCACAACCGAGUCCAGAGUAAGGGUGGGAGCAAUGCAAACACUCGCAGGGACUCUGACUAUGAAAACACCAAUCGCUCAGCUGAUGUAGAUGUGGAGCUAAUGGCUUUCCAGUCAAUUAUUGGAGAUGACUACAAAGAUGGUAACAGUGCUAAUGCCAUGGAAAGUUGGGGUGAUGGGAGCCGUUGCCUGAAGCUAAAGGGACAGAUGAGAUACAUGCCAGAAUGGGAGUCCAUCAUUUUCCUGGGAACCCCUGUGAUGGAAAGUCUGAGUGCUAUGUUCAAGACAGGCUUGUACAUCAAUGACCUGAGCAUGCACGACUCCAGCAGAGACCUGGUGCUGGCAGGCACGCAGCAGUCAGAGGAGCUGAAGAGAGCUCUCAUACAGGAGCAGAAGAAGUCCAGUAAGCUAGAGGAGAGCAUGAAGAUGUUGGACUAUGAGAUGAAGAAGACUGAUGAUCUUCUGUACAGAAUGAUUCCCAAGCCUGUGGCCAAGAGGCUGCGCAAAGGAGAACCAGCUGUCAACACUUGUGAGGUGUUCCCAGAUGUGACCAUUCUUUUCAGUGAUGUGGUGGGAUUUACUCGCAUUUGCAGCCAUAUCACUCCAAUGCAGGUGGUCUCCAUGCUCAACACCAUGUACACGCUGUUUGACACGCUCAGCGAGAAGCACCGUGUCUUCAAGGUUGAAACUAUUGGAGAUGCCUACAUGGUCGUAGCAGGGGCUCCAGAAAAGACAAAGUAUCAUGCUCAUAACAUCUGUGACAUGGCCCUGGACAUGGUUCGCUCCAUAGACCACCUCAAAGACCCCUCUAAUGGCAACAACAUCCAGAUUCGUGUUGGAAUCCACUCUGGGAUGGUUGUGGCAGGUGUGGUGGGACAUAAAAUGCCACGUUACGGUCUGCAUGGGGACACAGUCCACACUGCAUCCGCAAUGGAGAGCAAUGGAAAGGAGAUGCACAUUCAGCUCAGCAGCGCCACCUACGAGCACCUGAAAGGAAGUCACUUUAUUUUUGAAAGAAGGGGCAUCAUUACAAUUAAGGGGAAUGUUGAGAUUGAGACCUACUGGCUGAAAGGAAAGAGGGACAAAGACGGUAAUGCUCAGGCAGCGUGUCCUCAGUUUGAGACCCAGACCAUCAGCAAGGCCAUCAGCAAGGCCACAAUCUCAGGCCCUGAGGAGACGGGGGACGAGGAGGGACUGGUUUUCCCACUGGUGGCAGGCGAGGACGAGGAUGAUGUAAAGUCUAUACCCUCACAUCGUAUUAAGAUGGAGAUAUCAGGCCAUUCCCUGGAGGAGUCAAUGGAGGAGUGCCGUGUGGAGGAGAUGUCAGUUCACAAGGAUGCUUUGCAGGACGGCAUACAGGACUCUCACCUGGAAAUGGACUCACCUGAGUUUGAUGGCAGAGACUCCAUCAUGGAGUCCAGAAGCAGUUCCUGUGACUCUCGCAGCUCUAAAAGUGCCAUGUGCACCGUGUCAUAAAGUAAAAAGAUGCUUUAGCGGUAAUAAAUUAUAGUUUCUAAUGUGCUUCUAACACAGACAGUGAAAGCAUUGAAUAUUAGGCCAAGUGCCAGAUAGAAAUGUGCUUUUUUAUGUUGUUUUACUUAAUUGGGGGAGUUCUUUUAGGUUAUUACCUUAAAAACUUACUAUCUUCACUUGUUUGUGCAUUUAUGAGCCUUUAAGGCAUCGAAUAACCUUGAGUGGUAAAUUUUUAUCCCGGUAUCUUAUGGAAAGGGCAAUCACAGCUGCUUAAUAUGGGGCAGAUUAAUACACUGGUAUGGUACAAUCUAAAACUACUGACUUGUAAGUUUUAACAAUCUGUUUGGUGGUUAAAGUUACCAUCAAGCAGUUACAUGUCUGCAUCUAAACCACACCAUACCAAGCUUUUUUAUGUGGAAUAAGAGGCCAUAGUGUUUUGAUAUUUCAACUAACUACCCAGCCAGUUAGCCUACCAUGUUGUCGCUUGUUUAAUGCUCUUACAGGUUGUUUGUUCAGAGGUGUUCUGGUUUGUACCUGCUGAUAACCCGCUCAGAUAUUAAAACUGUACUGAUUUGUUUAAGACUUAAUUUGCUUUUCAAAAUUCAUCAGGUGAUGCCAAGCUAGUGUUAUAUUAAACUGCCAAAUUGUAGGUGCUCAUCUAACAAAGCAAUUGCUUUUAAUUUUAUACUCUGAUGAGCUUGAACAUUUGUUACAGACCUUUAUCUGUCAUAACAGAGCCUACUUGUUUUUAAAAUCUUAGACUGAUUACCAGAAUAAACUAAAACUUAAUUGUGUAUGAAACAUUUUAAAAGCCAAACAUCCUCUCAGCCAUGUUAAGAUGGACGUGAGCACUGUUUUAUUCUGCUGCACCUUGUAGAUUUGACAACUUGUUUCAUCUUGUGAGAAGAAUCAGUCUGAAUCCCCCCCAGUCCCUCUCCCUGCUCUCCCCUUCAUAACUCCUGUCUGGAUUCAUUGUUCUAUAUCAGUCUUGUCAAAUAC